ACUCGUCCCCUCGCUUCUGAGCCGCCAUGACAGUCGAGCGCGCCCUACGCCGCUGUCGCGUUCAAAAAUAGAAUAUUACUGGUGAAGGAAAAACUUGGGUCUCCUACGUGACGUCACGCUUCUGCAGCUCAACUCAUCUCGUACAAACUGGCAAGUCUGGUGGAGGGAACCGGAUAUGGGAGUAUCUGGUGAGAGCGAGGGGUGCGCGGCUGCGCGCAUGUGGCGCAACGCGUGCGCGGCGCUGCUGGCGCCGGGCGCGGAGGACGCCUGGCAGCAGAUCGUCGACGCCUCGCCCCCGGACGCCGUCUGGCACUCGCUCAGGAACUGCGUCGCGUACCAGGCGGGCGUGUGGCAGAACCUGCUGGCUAAAGGCAUGAUAGACGUGAUGCAACCGGCCGCGUUCAAACUGGCUAUUGUACUGCGGCAUACACCCGCUGAGCUCACUGCUCGCUUGCUGGCUGACCUGCUGCACGACCACCCGCAGUCGGUUAGUGAUACAAACACACAUACAGAUACACUCUGACACACCCACUUAAUCCGUCGAUUGACCUCUCGGUUGAAGUUGGACUUACUUAGUCGGAUUAUUUGUCCCAGGUAAACAUACAUGUUAACAACUUUUAGCUUAGUGCUCCCAACAACUACCGGCACAAGUAGGUAACGUAUUCGCCAUUGAUAUAUAUAUCGUAUCCUUUCCAAUUCAAUAGCUUGAAAAUGUCUUCCAGUGUAGCCUUGACAAGUUUCGGGGAUAUAACGUCACCCUACCUUACACCUUUCUGCAGUUGGAUAGGUUUCGUACUCCGGUUCUGUACUCAGAUAGCCAUCGUAGCCCUACUGUACAAACACAUUAGCACUGUCAGUCAAAACAUGGCACCGCUGAAUGGACUGCAGCAUCGCCCAAAUUUUGACGGAAUCAAAUGCUUUCUCAUAGUUCACAUACGCAAUACAAAGUGGCAGAUUUUACUCUUAGUUAUUUUGUGAAAUUUGCCGAAAGGUAUGUAUGUAUGUGUAUGUAUGUGUCCAGUGUAGUGGCGGGUAAGAAUACCCACAACCUCAUAUCUUCCCGUGGAUGUCGUAAAAGGCGACAGAGGGAAACUGAGGCAGAAGAUGGGCAGCCGCAUCUUUCUGAUAAUAACAAAAGCAAUAAAAAAACUGCGGUUGCCAAUGAGCAAUGACAAUAAUAAACGUCUCCCAGUCCCCGGCGGCCACGCUAUUCUUGGCUACGGUGGCGACCAUGGUAACGGCGGGGCAGGGGGUGCUAAGAAUCUCCGGUGGAGUUUCGGUUGCCUCCUACGACGACUCGACCUGGCAACUUAUAACGCGAGCUGGAAAAAGAGAUACACAAGUUGCGCUGGAAUAUUAUAGGAUUAUCUGAAGUCCGAAGAGGGGAGGACACUAUAAUCCUCGAAUCCGGCAACUUGUUCUAUCACCGGGAGGGCGACAAUCUGUCGGAUGGUGUCGGAUUUAUCGUCCACAAGUCUCUCGUUAACAACGUUGUAAAGAUUGGGAGUGUGUCGAUGAGGGUUGCGUACCUUAUACUCAGAAUAACCAAACCGUAUUCGCUGAAGGUCGUACAGGUUUACGCACCAACCUCGGCACACCCCGAUGAGGAGGUGGAGGAAAUGUAUGAGGAUAUUUCCAGAGCCAUGUAUUCCUCCAAAACCCACUAUACGGUGUUAAUGGGAGACUUUAACGCAAAACUAGGCACAAGAGAGAACGGUGAGCUGGAAGUAGGGAAAUUUGGAUAAGGGCAAAGGAACCCAAGGGGCCAGCAGCUGGCCGAAUUCAUGGAGAAAGAGGGACUCUUUAUGAUGAACUCUUUCUUCCAGAAGCGGCCCCACAGGAAGUGGACCUGGUCGAGCCCCGACGGUUCGACAAAAAAUGAGAUUGACUUCAUUAUGACGACCAGACGACAACUGUUCAGUGAUGUCUCAGUGAUCAAGAGGGUGAAAACUGGUAGCGAUCACCGAAUGGUUAGAGGCUUACUGAACCUAAACGUUAAGUUCGAGAGGUGUCGUCUAAUGAAGUCAACGCCCCGUCCCGUUCGUGCUCUAAUCCAAAGUCCCGAAACCUAUCAACUCGAGUUACAAAAUCGUUUUCAGUGCCUAGAAGAUUUCAAUGCAGUGGACGAUAUAAAUGACAAGAUCGUGGAAACUGUUCAUGCGGUCGGAGUUAAGUUUUGCAAAACCCGACGGAGAAGAACACAAAAACUCACCGAUCACACUCUUAAUCUCAUAGCUGUUAGACGGGAAAUGAAGCUGCAGUCUUCAGUACAUUUGAUAGCAUACAGGCAACUGAACAGACAGAUCUCCAAAUGCAUACGGCGGGACUUACGCAACUUUAAUACUGCUCGUAUUGAAGAAGCGAUCAAGCGGAACCAGAGCUCCAAAGUCUUUGCCAGCGAUCUGUCCACCAGAAAGUGCCAACUGUCGAAGCUGAAGACCGAAUGUGGCAGCAUCGUUUCCGAGAUACCUGAGAUUUUGAGUGAGAUUGAGAGGUUCUAUAGGCAGCUGCACACGUCAUCGUUGGAGCCACACGCAAGUGUGAGUGACGAUCCAAGAACAAGUGUUAUCCGACAUUAUUCCGAUGAUAUCCCGGACGUCAGUCUGAGCGAGAUUAGAAUAGCUCUGCAACACCUUCAAAACAGCAAGUCCCCGGGCGAGGAUAGAAUUCAAGCGGAGCUUCUGAAAGCGGGUGGAAAACCGGUACUUAAAGUACUUCAGAAGCUCUUUACUUCCGUCCUUCAUGGAGGUACUACUCCGGAGGCGUGGAGCGGAAGUGCGAUGGUCUUGUUCUUCAAGAAAGGCGCCAACGCUCUCUUGAAGAACUACAGAGCGAUUUCCUUUCUGAGCCGCGUACUGUUUUCGAGAGUCAUUACGAAUCGUCUCUCAUGCAGACUCAUUGACUUCCAGGCUUCCGAACAAGCCGGUUUCCAAAAAGGCUUUAGCACCAUAGACCACAUACAUACCCUUCUGCAAAUUGAACAGAAGACCAAUCUGCCACUUUAUCUUGCGUAUGUGGACUAUGAGAAAACCUUUGAUUCCGUCGAAAUUUGGGCGGUACUGCAGUCCCUUCAGCGGUGCCAAGUGGACUGGCGGUAUAUCGAAGUGCUGAAGAGUUUGUACAGUAGGGCUACGAUGGCUAUCCGAGUACAAAACCAGAGCACGAAACCUAUCCAUCUGCAGAGAGGUGUAAGACAGGGUGACAUAACAUCCCCGAAACUCUUCACCGCUGCAUUGGAAGACGUUUUCAAGCUACUGGACUGGAAAGGAUACGGUAUUAACGUCAUUAGCGAGUACAUCACUCACCUUCGAUUUGCCGACGAUAUAGUCCUUAUGGCAGAAUCGCUGGAGGACUUAGCACUAUGCUCAAUAACCUCAAUAGUGUCUCCCCACGGAUAGCUCUUAAGAUGAACAUGGACAAAACAAAAAUCAUGUUUAACGUCCAUGUCAUACCUGUGCUGGUAGUUGUUGAGAGCACUAAGCUCGAAGUUGUUGACGAAUAUGUUUACCUGGGACAAAUAGUCCGACUACGUAAGUCCAACUUCGACCGAGAGGUCAAACGACGGAUUCAUCUUCUUCGGACACAUCUUCUAAUUAGACAUACCUCAAAACUAAAUUGUUCAACCAGUGCGUGUUGUCAGUGAUGACCUAUGGAACUGAGACGUGGUCCUUUACUGCUAGCCGUAUGAGAAAGCUGAAAGUCGCUAUCGUGAAGCGACAAUAAAGAACAAAAAGAAUCUAACCU